AUGGCUCCUGGUUUCCACUUCUCCUGGUUGGCUCCUGGUUUCCACUUCUCCUGGUUACUGGUCGUCUGGUUGGUGGUAACUAUGGCAGAAGGACAAGAUGUAGUCACCCCUCCUAGAGGCUCACAAAAUAACAUGAACCCUACAGACUGCCAGAUCUUCACACUCACGCCUCCGCCCACCACAAGGAAUCCAGUAACAAGGGCCCAGCCCAUCACAAGGACACCCAUGGUUUAUUUUCCACCAAGACAGCUCCAGAACAGAAGCUCAUCUGAGGAGAGCACAGAGAAAUGA